GGGAGGCGCUGCGGGCAAAAGGGGGGGCUCGCUUAGAGGGGUGAGGAGAAAGCGCUGCUUCUCGUUCGUCGGCGUGUGUGCGACCAGAAGCGGGGAACCGGAGGGGGAGGACAGAGAGCGGUGGGGCAAGGGCGGCGGGCGGCCCGGACCCUGCUGCUGCCCCCCCCCUCCAUUCGGCAGGACUUGAAGAGAGGCUUGGAAGCUGAUAUGUCUGACAACGGCUUCGACCGGGCUCCCGGCGCUGGUCGAGGCCGAGGGGGUGGUGCCCCAUUGGCCCCGGAAAGCGGGGCUCGCUUGGGAAUCGGCGGCGGCGGCGGCAGUUUCGGGACUCCCGAGCAGCUCCUCAAGCAGGAUUUCUCGCGUCCUCAGGAGCCUCUCCGGCCCCCCAAGACUGCACCUCCGGGCAGCAACGCCGCCUCAGAGCCAGCAAGACCUGCAUCAUUACCAGAGAAAAAAAAUUCAGGCUCAGCAGUAACUAAACCUCAGGUGGUUGUGGCUCCAGUGGUAAUGUCAAAGUUGUCAGUAAAUGCUCCUGAAUUUUACCCAUCAGGAUACAGCCUAAAUCAUUCUGAAUCUUUAGAAGAUGACUGUGAUGGAUAUCCAACUUCAACAGAAUAUGUGCAGGAUUUUCUAAAUCAUCUUGCAGGGCAGCCAGCCUGUUUUGAAACUGAAAUAGCACAUUUUGCAGAAAUACUAAAUGGCUGUGUGACUACAUAUGAAGCUUUACAAGUACUUGUUGAACUCAUAUAUCAGCAGGCUACUUCUGUCCCCAAUUUUUCCUAUAUCGGGGCAAGGCUAUGCAAUUAUCUUUCUCAUCACCUCACCAUUAAUCCACAAAGUGGCAACUUCAGACAAUUACUGCUUCACAGGUGUCAAAAAGAAUUUGAAAAUAGAGAUGGAGCUGCCAAAGGAGAUGAUGCUGUGAGGAAACGAUUUCAUGCAUUUGUGUUAUUUUUGGCUGAACUUUAUCUAAAUCUAGAGAUAAAAGGAAGUAACGGACAAGUAACUCGAGCUGACAUUCUUCAAACUGGACUUCAUGAGCUAUUAAAUACACUUUUUUUAAAUCCUAUGGACAGCAAUUUAAUUUGUGCAGUAAAACUAUUGAAAUUGACAGGAUCAGUUCUUGAAGAUGUAUGGAAAGAAAAAGGAAAUACUUACAUGAAUGACAUAAUACAGAAAAUUGAAAAUGUUGUCUUGGAUGCAAAUUGCAGCAGAGAUGUAAAGCAUAUGCUAUUAAAACUAGUAGAAUUGCGAUCAAGUAAUUGGGGAAGGGUACAUAUUACUUCAACAUACAGGGAAGCAACUCCAGAAAACGAUCCUAAUUACUUCAUGAACGAACCAACAUUUUACACAUCAGAGGGUGUGCCUUUCACUGCAGCAGAUCCAGAUUACCAAGAGAAAUAUCAAGAACUUCUUGAAAGGCAAGAUUUGUUUCAAAAGUGUGAAGAAAAUGGAACAGGAGCUGAAGACGAAUAUUUUGAUGAUGAAGAUGAUGAAGAAAAAGAUGAUGAGAUGGAUCCAGAAAUUGAAGAAGCAUUUGAAAAAUUUUGCUUAGAAUCUGAACGCAAGAGGAAACAAUAGGUUUUACAUAAAUAUUGUUUGUUUUUUGAAAAAAUUAAAACAGCAUAGAAUGGACAAUAAGUAAACAAAUGGAAAAUCCUUUAGUCUAUAUCAAAGGAAAUUAAGUUUUUCCAAGUAUGCAAUUUUCUUCUUGUUAAACAGAAUCUGCCAAAAAGAAGCAAUUGUAAAGUGAAAUUCUAUAUCUUGAAUAAUAUGUAAAUACUAUAGUUUAUUUUAUGUACAGUUAAAUAAGCAGUGUUUUUGCUGUAACAAAUUUAUUUGGCGCAUCACAUUAAUCUAAAACAGUGUUUCCCAAACUUGACAAUUUUAAGGCAUGAGGACUUCAACUCCCAGAAUUCCACAGCCAGCAACGCUGGCUGUGGAAUUCUGGGAGUUGAAGUCCACAUGGCUUAAAAUUGUCAAGUUUGGGAAACAUUGAUCUAAAAGUUCAACUUAGAUUAAAUUUGUAUUAAAAGUUCACACUUUUCUGAAGUAAAAUCCUUUCAAUCAUAAUGCAUUUUGAUUUGCUUUUGCAAUGGAUUUGUACAUUCUUCCCUUUGGAUAGUUUGUAGCAUCCCUUCCACAUUUUUAGGCUCAUGAAGUUGCCAAAUUUUUUUCUUAAUAUUUUACAAAUCAUGAAAAUUGUAGCCACCCAGCAACCAUUUGGAACCACGCAUAAAAAUUGGAUUUUCAAACAGCUACAUCGAUGUUUUGGUUCAUCAAAGCUGUCUUCAACAUUAUUACUAAGUUUUAGAUGUCAUAUUAGUGAACUUCUGAACUAUGGGUUUAGACGAUCAGAAAUGUGUCAUGUUUAUUUCUUUACCCAUUUCCAUAUUAAUACUUCCUGCUUUAGCCAUUGUUUAUUGUCAGGCUUAUGUUAAUAAAACAAUGAUUAAUGCUAAUCAGGAUUAAAAUGUUGGUUAACAAAUCUGAUUUAUCAGGUAAAAGAGAAGGUUGCAAAGUCCCCAAAAAUCCAUAGUUUAGGAUACUUUCAUAAAUCCAGAUAGCAGCUUAGAAAUUCUAUGACUCUGACUUUGCUCAUGUUUGCAAAGGAUAGUUCAAUUUUUAGACUAGCUAUAUUGGGCCCUAGGAUGAAGACUUGCUAUUUUAGAGGUUUCAAAAUAUAACAUAAUGUCUGAAUUCAGCCAUUUCUGCUGAUUUCCACUUUGAAAUUUAAAGAAAUUAUUUUUAGUUCAAAGUUCAUAAUUUGUGUCUUUGAAAUGCAUACUAAAAAGAAGCCCUCGUGUCUCUUUUUAGUUUGCAUCACAUUUAACAAGUAAAUUAAAUUUGUCUAUUGUCUUUCCUUUAAAUCAUUUGUUUUUUUCUCUCUAAAAUUUUGUCCAGGAUACUUUUAACAUUUUUAUUCACUAUUUUAUAUUAAAUAGAUUACCUAGAAUCUUAUUUCCUAACACCAAAUGUGUUGAACUUCCUGAGCAGUAGGUUAAAUAACUUAUAUAAAGACGUAAGUUGUAAAUAUGUAUGUAAAUAGUGCUGUUUAAUAUUGCACUGUUAUAACUUGGUACAAUUUGUGUCUGUUAAAUGAGUUAGUAUAAAAUUACAUCUUCUGAUUGUUUAGCUUUUAGUUAACACCAUAUUUUGGAAAAAAAAUAAACAGUUUGUUGUUGGAUGUGCUUUUA